AUGGGGCUUUUGGGCAUGUUUUUUAUGAAGUCAUGUGGAGAGUUUUGGGGGAGGACAUGGAACAUACAAGACAUAUUCACAUUGGCUGUGAUUUUGGCCUUGCAUUCUCUUUGUGCAUUUGCGCCCUUUCAUUUCAAUUGGCCUGCAUUUUGGGUGGCCGUCACUUUGUACGUUGUGACGGGUUUAGGACUCACGCUGUGCUACCAUAGAAGUCUUACCCACAGAGGUUUGAGGCUUCCAAAAUGGCUCGAGUACCUCUUUGCCUAUUGUGGUGUUCUGUCACUUCAGGGUAGUCCAAUUGAAUGGGUGAGUAACCAUCGGUACCACCAUCAGUUUACUGACACAGAGAAGGACCCUCACAGCCCCAUCCUGAGCUUAUGGCAUAGUCACAUUGGUUGGAUCUUUGAUACCCGGUGUAAAUUCGGGGGUCUUGGUGGACUGAAGAACGUUGAAGAAUUAAAGAAGCAGCCCUUCUAUAGGUUUCUUUUUCGUACUAACUUUCUACGUUCAUUUGCUCUUGGAGGUUUACUAUAUGCUGUGGGUGGAUUUCCCUUCUUGGUCUGGGCAGUGGGGGUGAGGACAGUACUUCUUUUCCACGCCACUCUCAUAAUAAAUUCAGUUGGCCACAUGUGGGGAAAGAAACCAUGGAACACCGGUGACAUGUCUACAAACAAUUGGUGGAUGUCAAUUAUUACGCUUGGAGAAGGAUGGCAUAAUAACCACCGUGCUUUUGAAUACUCAGCUAGACAUGGGUUGGAAUGGUGGCAAUAA